AUGUCUGUCGUAACUCUUAAUGACUCUCGGGUCAAGUACCAGACCGCCACGCUGAACGGCGUCGAGUACAACUACAUCCUCGCAGAGCCGGCUUCAGGCAAUGUCGUCGGCACGAUUUUCCUCAUCCACGGAUGGCCUGAUAUGUCCUUGGGAUGGCGCAACCAGAUCCCUUACCUUCUUUCAAAGGGCCUUCGGGUUGUCGCUCCUGACAUGAUGGGCUACGGCGGUACGGAUGCGCCGGAAGAUGUUAGCUUCUACACCUUCAAGCGCGCCUCAGACGACAUCGCCGCCCUCGCUAGCCAUCUCGGCCUCUCCCGCAUCAUCCUCGGCGGCCACGACUGGGGCGGUGCCGUGGUCUACCGCGCCGCCCUCUGGCACCCCGAGCUGAUCUCUGCCUUCUUCGUCAUCAGCACGCCCUUCGCGGCCCCGCGCCUCACAUACAUUGACCAGGCCGUCGCGCUGCCCACACUGCACUACCAACAGCAGUUCCGCACCGAUGCCGUCCAGGACUACAUCGGCCUCCCCGACGCCCAGAACGCAACCCGCGUGCGCCAGAUCCUGAACACUAUCUACGGCGUCAGACCCCCCGGUGGGGGGUCGGCCUUCAACUCGAGCGGCGCGGGGUUCACGUUUGAGCUGCUCGACGAGGUGACGGAGGACACACCGCUGCUGACCGCGGAGGAGAUGGACUACUACGUCGAAAACUACGUCAGCGACCCGUUCAACAGGACGCUUAACUGGUACCGCACCGGCGAGCUCAACUGGCAGGACGAGCUGGCGCUGGUGCCGGCGAAUGCGUCAUACACGGCUAAGUACACGCAGCCCGCGCUGUACAUCGGUGGAUCGCUGGAUACGGCGCUGCCUCCGGUGCUGUCGACGGGUAUGGAGACCUACUUUAACAGCCUGUCGCGGGGUGAGGUGAACGGCACUCACUGGGUGAUGUGGGAGAAGCCUGAGGAUGUGAACUCGUAUCUUGGAAACUGGCUCGCCAGCUCCGUUCUGGGCAAUAUGACCAUUGGCCUGAACCUGACUGCUGCGAGCGCUCUCCUUCACUAA